AUGGAGGACACGCCGCCGCCCAAGAAGAAGCAGAAGAGCUACACCGUCCGCCAGAAGCGCGAAGCGGUCCGCCUCGUCGAAGAUGUAGGGGUGGAGGAGGCAGCCCGCGAGCUCCAACUUGCUCGGGGCACUGUCCAUGGCUGGUGGAAGCAAGCUGAAAAGCUUUUUAGCUUCACUGGCCACUCCACCUCUAAGUCCCUGAAGGGCCAGGGCCGCAGGGAAGUAUUUCCCGACCUUCCUGCGGUCGUCACCUUCAUAAAGGACGUGCGGCGCGAAGAGAAGCGGAGGGACAUCCUGGCGCUUGAGCGCAUGGUCGAGAGACUCGCAAUUCGGUAA